CGUGUGCUUUGCUGCGCUCCGUUUAGUUUGUUGUGACUGUAUGGAGUUUUCGCGUGGAGAAACACGGCCGGUAUUUUAAAAGUGAUUCCUUGAAACUAUAAAUUAUAACUAAGCAAAAUGUGGGAUUGUUUGGAAGAUCUUAAGCGUAUGAAUAAACGCCAGUUAAUGUACCAGGUUUUAAACUUUGGUAUGAUAGUUUCCUCUGCGUUAAUGAUAUGGAAAGGUUUAAUGGUCGUAACUGGCAGUGAGAGUCCUAUUGUUGUUGUUCUCAGUGGAAGUAUGGAACCUGCGUUCCACAGAGGGGAUUUGUUAUUUCUAACAAAUCACAGAGAUGACCCCGUACGGGUUGGAGACAUAGUAGUCUUUAAAGUUGAAGGCCGUGAUAUACCAAUUGUGCAUCGAGUUCUCAAGAUUCAUGAGAAAAAUAAUGGAACUCUAAAAAUUUUAACAAAAGGUGAUAACAAUUCAGUAGAUGAUAGGGGACUUUAUGCUCCUGGUCAACUAUGGUUAGAAAAGAAAGAUAUUGUUGGUCGUGCUAGAGGUUUUGUACCAUAUGUUGGUAUAGUGACUAUUCUUAUGAAUGAUUAUCCAAAAUUUAAGUAUGCUGUUUUGGGAUGCCUUGGUUUAUUUGUAUUAAUUCAUCGAGAUUGAGUACCAUCUGUUUGGAGGAAAAUAAUAUUUUUCAAUAACCAUCCAAGAAAAAUGUUUUUAAGCUUGUUCAAAAAAAAUGUGCACAAACAUUUGUUAAUAUUUUCAUUGAAAGAUUUCGGUUGGUUUAUUUUUCAUGAGAUUGCUGCUUAGAGUGAUAACUCCUAUCCUGGAAAAACUUCAGGUACAAUCUAACUGCUUGAGCUGUUUUUGAAUAAUUUAUACUGUUCCUGAAAUGCAAUGAAGUUAUUUGAAGGGAAGGAAGUUGUAUGUUUUUUAGUUUUAAAAAAAGGACAAUUUUAAUUCACGCUUUUGUUUUUGGACAAUCCCCCCCCCCUCCCAUAUUCUAUUGAAAAAGCUACUUGUAUGCUGGUUUGAAGAGCAAAUUUUGCAUGUGCAUAAUUUUACUUGAACAAUGAAGGGAAGGAAAUUUAGAUGGAAGCAACCUGUGAUGUAUGCUUUUUUUUUGCUAGAUUGUAUUGCUGUAAAUUAAGGCAGUAUAUAUUUUAAACAAUUGAAUUGCUUUUAAAUAACUUUUUAUUUAUUACAAAAUUCAUAUGACCAUUUACUUGUUAUGAAUUAUCCACACAUUUAGGGAAGAAAACACCUUUUAUUUAUCCCCCUUCCUGCUCCCUCCCUGUUAUAUUUACUUUUUUUUUAAAGUGUCAAUGUGAAUUGGAAUUAUCUGUUUGAAACCUUGAUAAUUAUCUCUUAAUUUACAGAUUUAAGCAUUAUUUCUAUGCAAUUUUUUAAAAAUUUAGUUAUGAAAAUGAAAUUAGUACAUUGAAACCUGUAUCAGUUGCCCACCUGCAGUGCAUGAUUUUAGUGGUCAACUUAUGGAGGUUGAUGUAUGAUUCAGAAUUAACUCUUUACCUGACAAUAAAAGUCGACUUAGACAGGGGCUUAACUUACAAAGUUUGCCAACUUUACAGGUUUUACUUUAAUAGUGAAAUGAUUUUGCUGAAAAUGUGAAUAUACAGGUGAAUGUUAAAAAAAUUGUUAGUAAUACAUAGUUGCAUUCCGAGUCAAUUCCCCACUCCAUUGGCGUAGUGUACCACUCCCAACUUAUUCUUUUAUCUUUUUCCCAAUUCUUCACUUUCAUGCCUGUACUUAUAUUAUUCUUUUAACAUAAAAAUAUUGUCUGGUGUUUCUAGUAUUGUUGAAUAUUUAUACACAUUCAGCCAUAAAAGUUUCUAUUGUAUAUGUAUAUACAUAAUAUAUGUAUGACUAAAUUGGACAUAUUAUAGCUAUUUUUGCAUUUUUUACAUUAUCUUAAUUCACAUCAGAUCAAGUUUUUAUUUAUUCAUUUCUACUUGGAUCUUUAUGUAAGAUGCAAAAGUAGUGUCAUUUAGUAAUUUGCAACUGUCUUUUAUUGAGCAUUCAAAAUUAGUUUUUUUUUUACUACAAAACUAAAUCAUUUAUAUCUGUUGAGUGACGGUUGUUUUUACAUUCUCAAAUUGAGCCAUAAUUAUAGCAUUCUAAAUUAUAGUAACAUAAUAAUUAAUACAAGUAGGUGUCUUGUACAAACUUCUUAUUUCUCUUAAGUUUUUGAACCUUUGACAUGAACAAAAAUUCAUCAACAUUGACUUAAAAUAAUAUUUUAUUUUGCUGUUAGAUAUCACACAGUGGGUAGAUUUGAGCCGUGACGAGUAUUUGAAUUCUGUACCAAAAUUGACAUAACUGAUAUAAAGUUUUUGUUGCAGAAUGCAACAAGUAUUACGUAAAACCCAUGUUAAAUUGUCAGUUCUUUUCUACAACAAUAUAUUUAACAAAGUUGCACAAAUGCUUUCUAAACUGUAACCAGCAAUGCUAUUCAGUAGUGUAGCAACUAUACAGCAAGAUCAUACUUUUGCAGAAUACAACACUAGUCGGGAUAAUAUCUAUGCUACCUGAAAGUCAAGUGGUGCAUGAAAGAGGUUUAAUCUUUAAAUAUCAAUUGCAUUACAAAACUAUAAUGAAGCAUUGCAAUUUAUUUUUUAGAAUAUUGCAAACUAUUCAAACUUUAUUGUAACUACAAAAAACUUAGUUUAUUUUUAAAACAUGGUGUAGGUUUAAAUAUGCAAUUGGUUAAGCUGACUGUAAUUCGAAGCUUUCUUUCAAGUAAAAUUGUAAAAGUAAUAAUCAAAUUUCAAACCAUACACAUCUUUUGUGUAAAGAUAAUAAGAAUAAUACGUAUGCAGUUGAUGCUCGAUGUUAUGAAAUCUUAGAGAUCACAAAAAUUGUUCAUAAAAUCAAGACUUUGUAAAGUUGAAAAGUAGUGUUUCAAUGAAAGGUUUUUCAAACAUGGUAGACUGAUCUUAAACUUGUGGGUAUUUGUAAAUUAGAGGUUCGUUAAAUCAAGUUUCAACUGUAUAUGUGUGUUAUUAGUUCAUAAUAAGUUGUAUUAACCACUUUUGGACAAACACUCUUUUAUAUAAAGCAAAAUGAAAAUGUAAAUGAUCACUUUUGCUUGGAACGUGCAUUUGAACAAACAGUGCUCUUCAGUGGAAAUGGAGUGACACUAUGAGAAAUAUAGCUAUUUUCUUGCAUAGCUCCAUUUCUUUACAGAUAAAAGUUGGCUGUUGCUUUUAACUCCAAAAAUAUGAACGCAAUUUUAUUUCAAAUUUGUAAACUUGGGCUUUGCUCAGGCAACAUUUAUUACAGUUCAAAAAUCAAAUAUUACAAAACAAAAAAAAAAAAAAGAAAAAGGAAGACACGUUAAAAUUUCAGUAUUAGUCACAAUUGCACAAUUUUUUUUAGAAGAUGUCAGAUAUAGAAAAAAAAAAGAGCUUAUAAACUGAUUUAUUUAAACAAAAAAAAAAAAAAAAACUUGAAUGUUGUUAAAUUACUAAUUCAGUUUGUGAUUAUCUAAUGAAAAUUAGCAUAUCAGGCAAAAUGCAAAUAUAGGGUUGAUGACAGUGGCAUAGCCAGGAUUUAUUUUUCAAGGGGGUGCAAUUAUAUAUGGAGUUUUAAAAAAAUAUUAAAAAACCUAACCCAUUAACAGAUGUUCUCAAAUCCAAUUUUGCUUAAAAUCUAGCAAACUAAUAGUUCUGUUUUUCUUUUUUAAAUUUUUUACCCCAAUCCCUUUUUAACAAAGGGACAGAAAUGAUGCUUUGGCUUUUAAGUUGCUUUUUACCAGAAACCACACUGUAAAUGUAUUAUUCUGUCCUAAUAUUUUUAUGUAUUUAUCUAUUUUUGUGAAAUAAUUAAGUUUUUUUUAAUGAAAAAAGAGGGAGGAAAAGAUGUUUUCAAAUUUAAUUUUCCGAGGAAUAGGAAAUACAUAUUAUUUUAUAUACUCAAAUUCAAAUUUUCUUGUACUUGAGCAGAAAUAUUAUGUGUGGAAAAAAAUGAACAUUUUAAUUUUUUGGAUUUUGUUACACAUUUUAGGGAGAGUCCAGACCCCUUGGACCCUUUCCUUGACGAUGCCACUGAUUCAUGGUUUUACAAAAUAGGAAGGAAUGAAAUGAUACUUAUGUUUAAUAUAUUAUGUCUUUUAUUUAUUUUUAUUAUUAUUAUUAUUAUUAUUUUUUUGUAAAUAAUUUAGAACAAAGUUCAAGAGAAGGGGGGAGCCUUUGGUUUGGAUACAAGUGUAUGUGUACCUAAUGUGUUCGAAAAUACUUAUAUUGUUUGUAUCACUUUAAUUGACAUUCUACAAAUAAGAAAGUUUUCCAGUGUUCAAGGGACUACUUAUAAUUCUUUUUAUCUGAUAGAAGUGUUAAUAUGUUAAAAUGUGACAAUAUUCAUAAAUGUAAUUUUAUAAGUGGGAAUAAAAUGUUUUUCAGUGUUUUGCAA